AUGGCGCCUCAGCACUUAGGCGUUAGCUACGGUGACCACCGUCGGUCCGCAAUCACACCGGCUACUCGAAUUCCUGGUCUCAAUGGACGGAUGGAAGUUUUCGAGUCGAAAAUCGACGAGCUGAUUGACUUGCGUGAUGGUUUUUUCGAGAAGUAUCCCAAUGGUACCGAAGCUGAACGGGUAAAAACGGUCAGGGAGAGAGCCUUGCUGCUUUUAGAGGAUGUUCCAUUGUCCGGAUUUCCUCGGUCCGCUGUCAGAUAUCUCCAGUGUGGACGUAUUUUGAACGCUUGUGUUGCUUACGACCCACGUUGCGAGGAACUUCUGAGUAAAGCUGUGAAACUCGGUAGUCCUGUUGGAAAGUCCUUCAAAACAUACCCCCACUUUCGUCUACGUUCUGGAGUCAGACCUUCAGAUCCUGAUGCGUUGGCAUGGCUUGAACUGGGGAUCUGCCUCUCUAAAAAGCCGGAUGUACAGUUCGCUAUUGAGUGUGUCGAGCGCAGCCUUGAACUCGAACAUACGUCCCGAGCAUUGUACACCCUCUCUAUGCUGUUACGAGCUAAGCUCAUGAAAACUGUUGAUCCAGUUGAAAGAUCCGCACUUCAAAAGCAGUCCUCACAGUUAGCGCUUGAAGCUGUAACGCUCGAUCCAAGCUCUGGCCUAGCCCAUUGCUGUUUAGGAAAUUCACUUUUCCUGGAGUUCUUCAAUACAGGACAAGUAAACGAAGAUUUGCUGAAACAAGCUUGCAAUGAAUAUCGUCUUGCUCUUCAAUGUGGGAAGGAGUAUCGCAACGCUGAUCUGCAUCUCAAUGCGGGGGCGGCCUUCCGGUAU